AUGUAUUUACCAAAUGAAUGUGUAGAAUGCAUUUUAAAACACAUUGAUGAAAAUGAUAUCAAAACUUUAUAUUCCACCACUUUAAUUAAUCGUAAUUGGUGUAGAAUUGGCAUGGUUCGACUAUGGAAAACUCCUUUAUCAUCAAAAUCAUCAAUUACAUCAUCAAAUUUAACUGAUAUUUCAAGCAAUCCUUCAAAUACCCAUAAUACCUAUAAAAUCAUUCCAGUAUUACUAUCAUUCCUUGAUAAAGAACGUAAAAAAGAGUUGAGAAUUUUAUCAAAACAGUUUUAUAUACCAAAAGAUACUUUAAACUUUCAUCCAAGAUUACAACGUGAUUUAAAAAUUCCUCUUCAUCCUCUAAAAAUACCGGAUACAUCUAAUUUAUUUGAAUAUCCAAAAUAUAUUGAGCGAAUUAAUUUCGUGGAAUUGGUUGGGUUGGUAAAUAAAUGGGUGAAUAGUUUAUUAAAUGAUGUAUUAUCAACACCUUCAAUGUUUCUUAAUUUUUAUUUAUACAAGUGUUUAAAUGGGUGGGAGUAUCUUCGUUAUAUAACAAAUCAUACAAAUUUUCGUUGUCCUUUUAUUCAAUUUGAUAAAAACCCUCAAGUAUUUUUUAAUUUUUUACUCGAAUCUUUAUUUCAAGUAUUGAUUAAAUAUUCUCAAAUCGAUUCUCUCUCUAUAAUUAAUAUUUCAAAUACACAACCCCUUUGUCUUCAAUUAGAGAAAUAUUUACAAAAUGAUGAUAUUAACAAGAGAUUCUUAUCGAAUCUAAAUUCUUUUGAUUUUUGUCAAUCCAUCAAUUCAAGAAUAUUUACGAAAAUAUCAGAUUUGGUUCGUGAUACGAUCACGACCAUAUCAAUCUUCAUCAUACCCGAGGAGUUAGGUGUUGAUGAAGGUGAAAAUUUGGAUCUUGUAAUUAGAUUUAUUAAUUCACUUCAUUCUCUUCAAUCCGUCUCAUUUAUCGGUUACAAUAAUAUAAAUGUUACACCGAUAAUCCUUUCUUUACAAAAACAUAGUUCUACUUUAACCACACUUAAACUUAUUUUAUGUACGAUCGAUGAUGAAGCGAUUAUAUGUUUGUCAAAAUGGGAUCAUUUACGUGAAUUGGCCUUUUAUCAAUUACAUUUUAUAUUCAACAAUGACCUUUCUUCAACGAUAACGUCUGAUGACAAAAUCUUUCCUCAAUUGAAAACCUUAGAUUAUGUGGAAUACAGUUCAACAAAUUCCCUUAUCGCUUGGAUCAUACAAAAUAAUGGUUAUAAUUUAACUCAUCUGGAUAUUCAUACAAAUAUAGAACGAUGUAUAAAAUUAUUUGAUAUAAUAUCAAAAAAUUGUCCUUCUCUUAUCUCUUUAACCACUCCAAUAUCCGAACAAAGAGAUUUUAUUGCUUUAUUUCCGAUCCUUGAACAUUGCAACCACUUGAAAAGAUUAUUUAUUUAUGAAUUUAACAUCAUAAGUAUUAAUGAAGAUGUUUUAUCUUCUUUUAUUAAAAUUCUACCUGAUUCUUUAUUAUAUUUGAAAAUUAAUAAAUUCGAAUUUUCUCAAAUUAAUUUAGGUUGUAAAUUAAAAGAUU